UCGUGGAUGAAGAGGACAGUAAACACUCGGUGGAAUGUUGUUUUUUUUUUAGACCUGUGGACAUUCCGUACUUUCUAAAAAGGGGCGUGUCCUGUAGGACCAGGAAACGCUGACGCAGGUUUGGCGCGACGCUGCAGUACAAUCCGUCGCACAAUAAACCAACAUGGCCGCAAUCGGCGUCUGUAAACAGUGGACUUUUCUGUCAUGCGGUACCAAGUUGAUAGCAGCUCACGUCAAGCGGGAAAGCGAGCCAUUUGUGUUUGACUGUAGCACGGCUGAGAAAAAGGACAAACAGCCACAGAGUGAUAACAGUCUCGCAGAGGAAACAGGAAGUGAUGAAGUGCUGGCCUUUACCAUUUCACCAUCUGGAAAACUGGUGGCACUAAUCGAUGACUCCAAACGUCUGGUCCUCUUUCGGUGUGAGCAUUCAUGGAAGUGUGUCAGCACCAGGUGGUUGGUGAGGAGGGGCACGUCGCUUGUGUUUACCAGGGCAGAAGACGAGGUGCUUGUGGCUGAUAAAUCGGGGGAUGUAUACUCCUUCUCAGUAGUGGACCAGGAGAGGGAUGGCGAGCUGAAGAUGGGGCACCUAUCCAUGGUCUUAGCUGUUACGAUGUCGCUGAAUGAUAAGUACAUCAUCACUGCUGACCGAGAUGAAAAAAUACGAGUGAGCCACCUGAGAUCGCCAUACAACAUACAGUCUUUUUGUCUGGGACAUCAACAGUUUGUUAGCUCUCUUGUAGUCCCAUCAGGCCAUCCGAACUGGUUGCUGUCAGGAUCAGGGGAUGGGACCAUGAAGCUGUGGGAGUAUACUUCUGGGAAGAAACUGCAUAGUUGGGACCUGAAGGAGCUUCAAGAGACGUUUGGCUCACACUCAGAGAAAACGCUAACUGUUUGCCAAAUAAGCAGCUCUCCUGACGGCUGUCAUGUGGCUGUACUCUGUGACAGGGUAUCAACCAUUCAGUUUUUCACACUGGACGAGGAUGGUGAAGAAAAGAAACUUGUACCCCACAGCAGGUUGACCCUGCCCUGCUGCCCUCUGGAUAUGACAUUUGACCCAGAAGGUCGCCUCUGGGUGCUGAUGGAUUCCUGUGAAGAACUGCUCCAAAUCUACAAGCCUGAACAAAGCUCCUGGAAGUGUGAAGCUGACAGCGCUGAAGUCAAAAGAGCGAGCGAGGCCUUCAAGCCACACUGGCAAAAUCUUAAUGCUUCAAGUCGGACCAGCAGCCGCUUUGAGCACCUGUACAAGGUGACGUUUGAUAACGUGACCGACUACCUGGAGAAGAAGCAGCAGCGACUGGAGGAGCAGCAGAAGAGGAAGAACACGGGACAGAAAGCAGGUGACAAGAAGAAGGCCAAGAAAGACUUGUUGGGAUCUGUAACAGCCUUGUCGUCCAUCAAUUAAUUCAAGCAAUUAUUUGACUUCUUUCCAGUCAGAGCCGUGAAGUUAAACACACGGCAUCAUUUUCCUUGCCUUAUGUAUUAAUUUCUCACACAUUUUUCUGAAUCUAAAAAUAAACUUUGUUUCUGCUGAAAACACAGAAUGUAAGUGUGGAAAUUGCAAAACCAUACUUGAUACAAUAUUACAUUCCAUGAACUACUGUAAUGGGCUGACAAGCCAUUUGCAAUUCAAAUGACGGGACAUUUCCUCGAAAAAUGAACAUUUUCUGAAAAAUUUGACAUUUUGCUGAAAAAGAGGACAUUUUCCGAAUUUUUUGGGGGGGGAAGCCAAUUUUUUCAGGGGAAAAAAAGGUAAUUUCUUACGGGGAAAAAAUCCUGAAAAAAAGGAAAUUUCCACCCCAAAAAAUUUUGAAAGGGAAAAAAGUGAAUUUUUUUCAAGCACAAAAAAAGGAAGAUUUUCUGAGGGAAAAUAAAGUAAAUUUUAUGAAGAAUAACAGAAUUUCUUUCAAAAAAUGAGGGACAUUUUUUUGGGGAAAAGGAGAAACAUUCCCCCCCCGGUGUCACGGCCAGGGCGCAUUCCAAUGCAUCCUCAUCUUUGCGUUCUGAUGAGCACACCGCGUGCCACGCCCAUAGGCGCCCUCUCUACGCUGUGGGCGUGCCGCCUCGCGCCUGCAGACAAUCUGCAAUCUGCGCACCUGCCCGUGAUGAGCGAGCUGCCUUCAUAAGCCGACACAACCUUCCACCCCGGGCCGGAAUAUAACCUUCUGUUGGCGUACAUGUCUGCCUUUGUUCCUGUGUUGGCGAGCUGUGCGUCUAGUCACCUUUUUGUUCCCUUGCUUCCCGGACUGCCCUUUUGGAUUUUUGACCUCCCGCUUGCACACGCACCAUGUCUCUUCUCUCCUGCCCUGGAUCAUCUGCCUGCCCCACGGACUUCUGUGUUCCUUCGCUCUCGACAACACUUGGUAACACACACCUCAGCUAACUACACACACAGCCUCACACACACACACUCUUGGGUUUUUGACACUCCAUUUCCUU